AUGGAGGGUUUCUUGGAAAAGAAAGGCGUGUCGGGGUGGACGGAGCGAUGGUUUGUACUGGAGGGCAAGCGUGUGAUGUACUACAAUCAGAAGGGGGACCGGCAUCCCAGGGGAACCCUGGAGCUGAACGCGGGUAGCAGACUCAAGAAGAUCGCGACUAAGGAGCACGCCUUCCACGUGGUGUCGGACAAGCAGGCGCUGACAGUGAACGCGCUGAGCGGCGAUGACCGUGAGCAGUGGAUGAGGGCUAUAGCCGACAAGGUCCAGCAGCUCAAGGACGCCUUGGUAGUGCUGCCGAAAAGAAAGGGGACGAGGAUGAUCUCGGCAUGGGACACAUUUUUCGAAGUGGACGAUUACUACACCUACAAGAAGCCGGUGGGGCACGGUGCAUACGGGGUGGUGAUUUCCGCUCUGGACACGAGGGACAACAGUAAGGUGGCGAUCAAGAAGAUUCCGUCAGCGUUCGACGAUGUGGUAGACGCGAAGCGUAUCGUCAGGGAGGUGCGCCUCCUACGCCGCCUGGACCACAUGAACAUCAUCAAGAUCGUGGACAUCCUCCCCCCUCCCUCCCUGACCGACUUCAACGACGUGUACAUCGUUUCUGAGCUCAUGGACACGGAUUUGCACCGCGUCAUUUACUCUAGCCAGAGGCUGAGCGACCAGCACGUGAAGUAUUUCCUGUACCAGAUUCUUUGCGGUGUGAAGUACAUCCACUCUGCCUCCGUCUUGCACCGGGACUUGAAGCCCUCCAACAUCUUGCUCAGCACGAAUUGCGACCUGAAGCUGUGCGACUUUGGGCUGUCGAGGGGGGUAAGCUCACCGGACGAGGAGGAAACCGCGGAGCUGACGGAGUACGUGGUAACCCGGUGGUACAGAUCUCCGGAGAUCAUGCUGGCCGCGGAGUACGGUUACCCGAUCGACAUAUGGAGCGUGGGCUGCAUUUUCGCGGAGAUGCUCCGCCGGGAGCCUUUGUUUCGAGGAGAGACCUACCUGCAGAUGCUAAAACUUAUCGCCAAGUUUGUGGGCAAGCCGAAGGACGAGUCGGAGCUGGCUUUCGUCACCAACCCUAAGGCGCAGAAAUUCAUGGAGGACCUCCCGGAGUACCCCCCGGCGGACCUUAGGAGGCGAUUCCCGUCUGCCGGAGCUGAUGCGGUGGACUUGCUGGCGCGCAUGCUGGUGAUGCGGCCCGACCGGAGGCUAUCCGUGGACGAGGCCCUGAGGCACCCAUACCUGAGGAGUCUCCGUGACAAAAAGGCGGAGACAACUGCGCUCGAACCGGUGGACUUCGCGGACGUAGAGCUCGCCCCGCUCAACAAGAACAACCUGCGCCGUCUCAUGCACGAGGACGUGCUGGCCUACCGCCCGGAGCUGCGCAGCCCUGCCGCGGGCUCGAGCCUGCCCGAGCCUGCCUCCCGCACCGGCGGCCGCGAGGCCGCCCGGGACGGCAGCAGCCGGGGGUCGUCGUCGACCAUGGCAGGGGCGCACCCGCCGCCACCCCCCAACGGCGCGGCGGCCUACGGGGAGUCGUCGCACACGUCCGGCAGCAGCAGCAGCCGGGUAGCCAACGGGGGGCCCGCGAAUACGCACGCGGGAAUGGGGGGGGGGGGGCACCCCCCGGAACGGUCCUCCAGGUCCGACCCGGAGGGGAAGAACCCCCGCCUUUCCGG